UUAUAUAUUUCCUUUAUCUCCUGGCGUGUUCGACAGAGGAGAAGGAAUAGUGGGUAGGAAUAGACGUUUCGACUAUUCGAAUCCAGACACAGUUCAGCGUUUGUUUGGAACACCGGAUAUAACAUUACGCUCAACUAUCUCCUUCCGUCGAAGUGCGUCACACAAAGCGGGCACCGCAUCUGGCUGCAAUGGUAAGAAGCCAUGUUGAGUCAGCGCAUAAAGCCACGAUUCCAAUAACGCUAGAGUACACGUACUCUUAAUUAAGUGCACCAUUAACUUUCCUCGGACGAGCGGGAAACCACACCAAGAUGUCGGCGGACGAUUUUCAGACAAAAUACUCCUCCGUCAUGGAGGGAAUGCUCAAGGGUGCAAUCGCCGAGACCACAAAACUUUUCGAAACUAUGGUAGACGAGUUGAAGGCAGAAAUAUCACGAAUGAAGCAGGAGAACGAGGACCUCAAAAUGAGAUGUAGCCAAUUUGAGAAUGCGAGAAACCAACCUUCUGUUCGAACCAGAGAAGCUGAUCCGGUUCAAGGGCCUAGCGACGGCUCUGGGAAACGUGACCGAGCCGUUCAAUGCGACCUUGUACCGGUCUGCACAAUGCUGGUUGAGCAAUGUGAACCGCUGAGGCCUUCAUCACGGCAAAACCAAGAGCAACAAAGCACCUAUAAGAAGAUGGAGUACAGUUUACAGGACCACACCUAUGGAGCGGGAACAACUCAAAUGGCCUUGAUGUUUGUCAAACAGGAGUCAAAUGAUUCUUCUCAGUUGGUCCUGAAGCAGGAGGAAACUGGGCCCCCGGUCAGUGGGCUAGUCUUGGGUGACAAAGCAGGUACACCACAAGCCUCUGCUUUUGCAGCUGAAAAUGAAGGCAUCCUGGAAUUACCCCAUUUAGGAAGGGAUAAAGGUCUACAAGAAGCCCAGAAGCAAUCGUCGGAAUUGGGGCAUUCAUUAGUCCUCUCAAUCGUUGAAACAAAAGGCAAUCUUGAAGAUUCCGAGUUCCUACAGAUGGAUAAACUCAUAACUUCUGAAAAACAUCCAUUGGUAGUUGCUCGUCAGCAGGCUGGUGUUUCUCAGCAACAUUGUGUAGGUGGUAAAUCUACAGAACAACUGUCACUGCCUACGCCGCUCAAGAAAGGAGAAACAUGUGAACAAUUAAAAAGUGGUGUGGCACAAAUUGGGGGCAGUCUUGAGCAAAGCAGAACAAGACGACCAUCAAAAAAAGCUAAUCUUAUGCAGUAUCCAGUGAAAGAAAUUGGUUCUCUCAUUGUGUCAGAAAAAAUGUUAAGUAAAACAUGUUGCUCUGAAAAAGAGAAACCAUUUGAACAUAAUUCCAUGGCAAUGGAAGAAGGGGCAGUUAAGGCCGGAUUCAAUGAACUUAUAUCUGCAAAUGAAACUUUAAACCCUUCAACUGUUCAUCCCAAAGAACGCAGCACCUCUGUCACCCUUCAGGACGCGAUACUAUUAGUUGAAGCCAUGAAUCAGUCAACAGAGGAAGCCACAUUGACCACCACACAACAAAUGGCAGCACCACCUCAGACCCAGUUUGCCCCCUGUGCGAGUACUUUGGACGAGAUUCGGGCAGAAACAACCCAAACGGCAAAAGAGAAAAUUGGUAGCGCUCCUGUGGCAUCAGAUGCCACUAAUGAAGCUCCAGGCCACAUCAACGUUGUUGUGCCAAAACAAUCGCACACUGUCACCCCAUCCAAUACCAUCGCGCCAUCAAAUACUGCGGUUGAAAGAAGUGGACUGUCGCAGCAGCAGCACCUUCCCCGUCCUCUGACAACGUCGUCGGUACCCAGCAAACAUGAUCAGGCGGUGUCUUGUGAAAUAGUUUCCCAGCCAAGAUCAGUGUCCUCGUUAAUUUGCCAUAAAAUAGAGGCACUGUUGCCAGCCCAGCUUCCUUCUCUUGUUUCAGCAGUUGUCGCUGCACAGAAAAGUGCUACGCUGCCGCACUUCCCAACAGCAAAACCAUCAAUUUCCUCCGUUCCUAAGAAAUCGACACAAAUUCCGUCCGUCCCUUCUGUCCUUUCGCAGUCAACCACCACCUCGACUCACCUGCAGUCAAAGACUCUAGUUCCAAAAAUAAGAAUUGUUAUUCCGAGACCGAUGUCAAAGACAAUUGUUCAGACAUCCAAGCAAGAUUCCACAAAAUCAGAUGCUUUUAUGGUUUCCUCGCCGCAGUUGAUUCCUUCAUCGAAGGACGUAAGCAUUUCUGUUGAUACUCAAGCUGUUUUAGAGGAAGUAGCCGCAAUAUCGUCUAAGAAAAAGUAUCAAAUAUUGUGCAACUCAGAAGUUCCAAAACAAACUUCCCCGGUUACUGAACUGGUAAAUGCAGUUACACAAACCUGUUCCAUUUCAAACACUGUUAAGCUAACGCCAACCUCUGUGUCACUUGGAAACGACCUCUCUGCAGUGGUCAGAUUGACCAGGCUGCCAUUUCCCAUAUCGGCCAACGAAGCAGUCCUAGUCUCAAGACUUGGUAUAUAUGGAUCUAGUGGAAGUCAAUCGAUUUUGAAGGACGAUGACACACAAGGGAAAGAGUCGCCCGUUGUCAUAUCAACACAGACAUCUCAAACGCCUGGUCUAGCCGCCGGCGACUGUACCAAUUUGAAAGAAACGUCUUUUGCUAUGCUGGUAAAUACCUCGCAGGUGUCUGAAGAGCCGGAUGAAAUUCAAGAAACGGCAUCAUUAUCCUUUGAAAACUGCACCUAUUUGGAAGAAGACCCAGGUGACAGCAGGCCAUCGACAGCAAUCAAGCCUGAACAAUCGGCAAAAAAUUGUACGGCAGUUGAAACUGCUUCUUAUUCUGAUGGAGAGAUGAUGAGCAUUUCAAUGCAAGAUUGUGCAUCAUCUAAUGACGCAGCUAUGGCUGCAAAGGGAUCCGCUGCUGUUGUGCAUCUAACCCCCAUCACCAGCAAGAACAUAGCGGAUCUUCAUUCGAAGAUGACUAAAACCCAGUUCCUGGCACAGCUGGCAGUGACACCUGCACCGGAAUACCCCAAAAAGGUUUCCUCUGAUGACUCCGUAAAAGCCAGAGAUGCAGAAACAAGCACUAGUGAAACAAAGGAAUUACAGAAACAAUCCCUUGUGGCCCGACUUCGAAGUCAUCUCAAAACUCACCCGCAAACUAGAAGAACUGACACUAAUUCAGCGACAGAGUCUCCGAAUAAGGAUGUCAUCGAGAACGGAAAUCCAAAAAGUAACGACGCCGCGCCUUUUCCCAUGAGCACAAAAGACCCAGGAGUCGUUGAAAUGAUUACAUUUCCCGAAAGAAUUAGACUAACUUCUAUUAAUCCAUGGAGAUCUAGAGACCGCGAAGCAGGAGUUGGACCCAAGAAGGCUGUUGGUGAACCGUCUUUAAUCAGUCCUAGGAUAUUUAAGGCUACUAGGAAAUCUGCUCCUGUGACUCCCAGGAGGUCUAGUUCAGGUUUACGCCUGAAAGCAAGACAAUCCACUCGCAGGGAGGCUACAGCAAUGGGAGAAUGUGUUAGUCCUAAAAAGUCAAAACCCACUUCAGUAAGUCCAAGGAGGUAUAGCUCAUCUAAAGAAAGUCCUAGCUUUCAAAAGACAAAGUCCACUUCAGUGAGCCCUAAGAAGUGUAGCUCAAUUAAAGAAAGGGAAAGCCCCAAAAAGACAAGAUCCACUCCGAGCCCCAGGAGUUCUUGCUCUAAAAUUACCAAAAACAUUUCUGCGUCUCCGAGAAGGAUUAACUCAACGACUAAAAGUUCUAUAGCCACUUCUUUGGGCCCUAAGAGGACAAGUUCGAGCAGAGAUGUUGCUAUUCCAAAAAAAGCCAAAUCUAUUGUUAGUCAAGAGAAGUCAAGUUUAAGUGAAAAUGGUACCGGCCCAAAAGGGUCUUUUUAUGAAUCGACUACUUUCUGCCGCAGGAGAUGCACCUUACCGAAAGAUGGUUCAAGCAGUAAUCAGAAAAACGGAGAAUCCAUUUCCUUCAGUCCUAGUUAUAACACAACUCCAGACAGGUCUAGCAAUACAGACGCUAAAAGUGUAACAAGCGUUGGGUGGCCUAAAUCCGUUAAGAGUGUCAGCCCUAGAAAGACGAGGGAGACCGCUACUGCUAAGAAAUCCAGAUUAAUGCUUGAUGGUACUGGUCCAAAACAGAAAUUAAUGUUUGAUGCAGAGGAGUUGGCUAAUGCAGGAAAAGCCCAAAGGAUGGCCAAUUUGAAAAAUGGAAUGAAUGGAACAAAACCUGGCCAAUCAGCAGAGAGUCGUGCAAGCUGUGGGGCGGGGAGAAAAAUUACAGCUAAAGCUGUGUGGACUCCUCCAAGAGCGCCGGACAGUAAGACGCCUCUGGUGGGGGUGAAUAAAGAGCCGUCUUCACCCAGAUUGGAGAGUCCCACGUUAGUUUACCCCCCUAGUGUUUCUCUCCUCCCCAUACCUGUCAGUGCGCCACCGGUGGUUUCGCCAUUACAGCCGUUAUCCGUCAUCGGUAGGCGGCUGCUUAAGAACCAGUGUGGCGAGUGCGGCCGGGUCCUCAGCAGCGCUGCUUCCCUGGAAAGCCACGUCAGUCUCCACGCUGGUCGCCGGCCCUUCUCGUGCACGCUGUGUGGGAAGAGGUUUCCAGACUCGAGUGGUCUUAAACGGCAUGGCAGGGUGCAUCGCAAUGGGAGGAUCCAUAUCUGUCAUCAGUGCGGGAAGGGCUUUGUCUACAGCUUUGGCCUCACCAAGCACCUCCAGAUGGUGCACAAGAAGAUUAAACCUUUCACCUGCCAGAUUUGCAACAAAUGUUUCUUCUCAAAACGAGAUCUGGAAGCCCACAUGCGGAUUCACACGGGAGAGAAACCAUUCCAUUGCACCCUCUGUGAAAAAAAAUUUGCUAGGAGGGUGGAACUAAAUGUGCAUUUAAGGUGGCAUAAUGGGGAGAAGAGACACUGGUGCCCAUUCUGUGGGAAAGGAUUUUUAGACUUCAACAACAUGAAAAGGCACAAGUAUACCCACACAGGUGAGAAACCACAUGCCUGCCCCCACUGUCCCAAGAGGUUCUCACAGUCAGGCCAUCUGAAAAAGCAUGUCAAGAAUGUACAUAAAAUGCAAUGAAAAAAUACCACUGUUCCAGUGAGAAUAUGAAUGUAUUCAAGAAGAGAGAUAUUCGGUGUGUAAUACUUGUAAGAAUCUGAUAUACAGUACCUGUCAAAAGACACACUUUCUCUGAAUUGAAUGAGGAAAAACUAUUUGUAUGUGUAUAUCGAUACAAAGACCAUUUAUAGCGGUAUAUCUUUUGUUAUAUAUUAGUAUUUUUUUAUUUCUAUAGCGUUCUGUAAGCUCAUUGACUGGUAUAGAAAAGUGGAGACGUGAAUGACUUUCUGACCAUCUGGUAUGUAAAAAAACAUUUUGCCGUUAGGGGAUCACUCUAAAUUAUUAAUAUAUUGUAAUUUGUCAACUCUACAACGCAUACCUAAUAGGGUCGCACAUAACUUAUCAAAAGGGACCCCCGCUUCACCCUUUUUAUACGAUAGGACAUUUUGACACCUUCACCAUGCAGUGAAUGCAUUUAAAGAAUAUUCAUAUGUUGUUAAUUACUUGUUAAAAUGUCAAUUUUAUGAGUGCAGUUGAGUUGCAUUAUAUUUUCAUAGCAUUGCCAUUAAUUUCUUGAAACAAAAAGCAUGAAGGGUUAUUUGUACCGUACCGCAUUCAUCGAACACCUCAAACAAGAAUGAUUAAAGUUUACACUGGACCACA